UACGUCAUCAAGUCGCGCCGAAAAGCGAUAGAAUCGGUCGCAGCUGCAGAAGAGUGGACUUUUCUGAGUGAUUUAGGUGGUUCUGAACAGUCCCAUGGCUGGAUCUGCCACCUCCAGUUCUAAAGAGCGUCCAGUUUCCAGGACCAGUUUCAUCCCAGAGCUACAGAGCAUGAUGUUUGCUCUGGGAGACGCUCGCCGGCCGCUGCAGGAAACAGCUGCUCUGGUGGAAGACGUCGUCCACACGCAGCUCAUCACCAUGCUGCAUCAGGCCUGUGAAGGAGCAGCUCUGCGAGGUUCCAGAGUCAUUUCAGCCGAAGACAUUUUGUUCCUGAUGAGGAGAGACAAGAGGAAAGUGGCCCGAUUAUUAAAAUAUCUCCAGUUCAGAGAUUAUAAAUCCAAACUCCUGAAGACUCUGGAGGACGAAGACACGCCUCAGGAACAAGACAGGUGGGCAACUUCAGGUGCUGCUGCUGGUGGCGGUGCUGUUGCCGGGGGCAACCAGCGGAGGCAGCGAUUGGCUCAGGACUUCCUGGUGUGGAUGGAUCAGACGGGUGAGCUGCUGUCGUUGGCCGAGCGUCAGGAGGUCGACCCGAUCAAACAGGAGAGGAUGGAGCGUUUGGAGCGUCAGACUCGGAACAUGGACCAGGCUCAGUACUCCGAGUUCUGUGAGAGUCGACAGCUCAGCUUUGCUAAAAAAGCCUCAAAGUUUCGAGACUGGCUCGACUGCAGCAGUCUGGAGCUGAAGCCCAACAGCAUCGCCAUGGAGAUCCUGUCCUACCUAGCCUAUGAGACGGUUGCCCAGAUCGUGGAUUUAUCUCUGUUGGUGAAACAGGAAAUGACGGCUAAGACCAACCCCAUCAGUCACGUGAUCUCAGCCAGUUACAUCCACUACAACACACACACUGAGGUGAAGAAGGAUCCAGACUCACCUGAGGCCACGCCCCCUUCCACACCAGGCUCCUCCCACUCUAAGCCCGUCAUGCAGGGAAAUGGCAGCCUGGACGGCCGGGCGAGACAACGGAAACGGAAGAAGAGCUGUCCGGCUGCAGUAGAACCUCCCAGUGGAGCCAUUCAGCCCAGUCACAUCAGAGAGGCCAUCAGGAGGUACAACUACAGACACACAACGGCUUAUGGGAGGACUGGGAUGAGUUUUCUCGCCUGCUGAGGAUCCACCAAACUUUUUUUUUUGUGUAAAUAUGUAGUUUUUCUUUUCUA